AUGGACGUGGACUACGACGGGCAGACGGCGUUCGACGCGGCGGCCAACGGGGACUUCCCGCUCGUGGUGCUGCUCUGGGGCAUGGCCAUGGCCGUGCAGCCGCAGCCCGCGGACCUGCUGGCCGCCCGGGACAAGCGCGGGAACUCGCUCGCGCACUACGCGGCGGCGGGCGCCGAGGACACGUGCGACACGAUGCACUUCCUCAUGCAGCAGAUGCAGGCCUCGGGCCGCGAGCAGCAGACGCUGCUGGACGCCAAGAACGGCGCGGGCGAGACGCCGCUCAUGAGAGCGGCCCACGCCGGCAACUUGCGGCUGGCGGACACGCUGCUGCGCUCCGGGUACGUGGAUCUGCUGGCGCAAGACGCGCGCGGCAACACGGCGGCCCACCACGCCGCCGCGCAGGGCCACCUCUGGAUGCUGCACUUCUUGCUGGAGGCAGAGCAGCGCCGCAACGCUGCGCUGGCCAAGACGGGCCAGCCAGGUCGGACCACGAUGCUGGGCGGGUACUCGCUGCAGCACCGCAACGUGCUGCACUACGCCUGCAUGAGCGAGUACAAGCCCAUGGUGCAGUACCUACUCACGCGAGGCUUUGACGCCAACGAGGCGGACGCCGAGGGCAAGACAUGUAUGGAUAUCGCCAAGACGCGCAACCUGCUCUGGCUGGAGGACCUGCUCUCGGGCAAGGCGAAGGCGGCGGACCCGCCCACGCACAUGCGCAAGACGCGCGGGCUUGUGGCGGUGCUGCAUGGAGCAUUGCUGCUAGCCAUCUUGUCGACGAGCUACUGGCUUGUGUGGUGGCUAGCGCUGCCCCUGAUUCUAAUUGUACUGGGCAAGUCGCUGUCGGCGUUCCGCCAGCCAGGACACGGUCACGGCCACGGAGGCCAUUCCCACGGCGCUGCACACAAGAAUGUGGCAAACCUGCAUCCAUCCAAGCGGAAUGUGGUCGUGGCUUUGGACGUCUCGCUCGAGCGGUUGGAGCAAGGCCCGACCGAGGCCAUGGCUGCUCGCAGCAAAAAGGUGAAGAACGAGACGAGUGUCGGGCUGCACACGUUGACGCGAGCCCAGCCCGAGUCGGCUAUGGGCAUCUGGAUGGCGUGGGUGAGUCUCUUCACCAUGCUGUACAUUGUGCUGUGGGUCGACUCGACAUACAAGGACUUCGCAGACAGCCACGCGAUCUUUCUCGGCAUCGCAGGAGGGGUUGAAGUGCUGUUCUUGGUGGUGUGGGCGAAGCUGGCGUUCAUCUACCCGACCGAUCCCGGGAUGAUCACCACCUACGAGCAGGAUGUCAAGGCGAUGCUGGAGAAGGCGACGCGCGCCGAGACGCCAGACAUGACCAAGUUCUGCCGCACCUGCCUAGUCACGAAGCCUAUUCGCUCCAAGCAUUGCGGUCAGUGCGGCAUCUGCAUCGCUCGGCAUGAUCACCACUGCGCGUGGAUUAACCGAUGCGUCGGGUACAACAACCACAGGUCAUUCUUCGGCUUCUUGGUGCUGCACUGCAUCGUUCUGGGUGUGUACUUCGCGCUGGCCAUCCUCGUGCUCUCCGAUGCCACGCACGACCUCCACGCCGAGCGGGUGAAGGCGGAUGGCAGUGGCAGCAGCGACAGUUUGUCAGCGAUGGACGUCUGGGUGGAGAUUCCGUCGCUCGUGAGCAAGCACCUGCUGGUUAUCAUGGUGCUGGUGUGGUCUCUCUUGGCUUUCAUAGCGCUCGCGAUGAUGACGAACCAGCACAUCAACAACAUCGAGAAGAACCUGACGAUCAACGAGCAGAUGAACUGGCGGCGGUACGCGUACAUGACGAAACCAUCUGCGUCCGGAUCAAAGGGCGACACGGAUGGCAAGAAACCUGCGCCUGGAGCCAUGUCGAACCCGUUCGAUCGCGGAUUCAAGAUGAACGUGGUGGAGUUUUUCUUCCGCUCGGGUAGCUCAGCCGUCGACUAUCGCAAGGUGUUCACCGUUCCGUCUCAAGGUGGCAGCAUCACAAGCUCAGUCACCACCACAUCCGUCGAAAUGUCGACGACCUCUGAAGAGAAGGCUGAUGCCAGCGAUAUCGUGUAGAACGACCGGACUCACCCCUGUCUAGAUAUAAUCACGAACAAUUUGCCUUAGAGUAAAAUU